CCGAGCCCGGCCGCCCACGGCAGAGCCGGAGCGAGACGGUCGCGCCGGCCACCAUGGACGCCUGCCUCAGCCCCAGCCUGGAGGCAGGCCUCAGCCCUCUCGGCGACGAGGAGGUGCGGACGCUGUUUGUGUCGGGUCUACCAAUGGACGCCAAGCCCAGGGAACUGUAUCUUCUCUUCCGAGAGUACGAGGGCUAUGAGAGUUCCUUGCUCAAAGUCACGAGCAAAAACGGCAAAACGUCGUCACCAGUGGGGUUCGUCACCUUUAACACCAGGGAUGAAGCGGAAACGGCGAAAAACAGGGCGCAGGGCGCCCGGUUCGACCCGGACCUGCCCCAGACCAUCCGGCUGGAGUUCGCCAAGAGCAACACCAAAGUCAGCAAGCCCAAACAGCAGGUGUCGGCCGCAGCACCGCACCCCGCACUGAUGCACCCAGCCUUCUCACCCGGACACGUGGGCAGCUUCUACAGUCCCGGUGCCGACAUCUGGCAGCCGCACCCGGCGCUGGCGUACGGCGCUGACGUGCCCGGCACCAUGCAGCACCCGCAGCUACUGCACCCCGCCCUGCAAGCCACCCAGCUGCCGACACAGCUGCAGCUGUCGGGCCUGAACACGAUGGGCUCGCUGCCGCUGCUGUCUCACGGCGGCCUCGGCUCGCCCACCUCACUGGCCGGCAACACGCCCUGCUCCACGCUGUUCGUGGCCAACCUCGGCCAGACCAUCACCGAGCAGGAGCUCAAGGAGGUGUUCGGCAGCUUGCCUGGGUUCACGCGGCUGCGCAUGCUCACCAAGGGCGGCUCGCCCGUCUCGUUCGUCGAGUACCAGGACACAAACCACGCGGCCGUCGCCAUGGCGAUGCUGCAGGGCUUCGUGUUGUGCCCGGACCGAGGCGGCAUUCGAAUCGAGUACGCCAAGACCAAAAUGGUGGACAACGGGACCCAAGAUUAAGGCUGACCAACAUAGUGCUGCAGUGAGCGGGCGGCUGACGACGAAUCUUCUCCGCCGACCCGAGGCUCCUCCUGGUGCCUCCGCUGGCCUGAGGCUCUUGUUGGUGCUCCUGCCGACCCGAGGCUCCCCCCGGCUCCCCUGCCGGCCUGAGGCUCCUCCUGGUGCAGAGGCCGGGCCGCCGUGUGCGUCCAUCCGACCCACGGCUGCCGAACAUCGACAGCUGCGGCUGCAGCUGCCGAACGCCGCCAGCCGCAGCUGCUGCGUCUGCUGCCGGCUGCGUCCGACUGUUAGUCUUUCAGGCGCCAGGCGGAGCCCUCAGCGUCUGCGCGGCCGUCGGCGGACCCCGACCGGGUCGGGCGCGGGCCGGACCGAUUUCUGGCCUUGCAUACACGCUAACAUAUCAAUGCCGGCCUUGGACUACUAUAGACCGAUGCUCUGUAAAAUUGUAUUUUCUGUAUGGGCGUUCGUUACAAUGCCGUGUCGAACUUGAAACCACUGUUGAUACGAAUGAAGUGACGUUAGGUAAGCUUAUAAUGUGACUUCCAUGUAUUUCGCAAUAACCCACAGAUUAACUGGUAACCUGGUAGAGUUUUGAGUAGCUCGCAGCUAGGAAAAGUGCCUCAGAAAAUAAGGGUGUAAUAAUUCAACGUUUUGGAUUUCCACUGCACAUCAUACGGACUAUCUCGUAGUUUCCCACCAAACCUCAAGCUGUUUCAUUCCAUGCUCCUCGAUUUCGGAAAGUCAAAAACAGCGCAUUCCCCGCCCUCCGGCGAUGGAGAGCUUGCUGCCGCUUGCUAGCUGCUAGUGUUCCCGUCACCACAUGCUGCUCUCUCGAAGAAGCCCAGCGCGUUUGAUUUCCCCUCAACGCCAGCAGACCACACUCACAUAUCACUCCAUGAGCCCAUACUUAUCGAAGCCUUAAAGCUGUCCGCUUGGAGCUGCAGUACUGGGACCCAUUGGUCGCACGUCCUCUCUGGUCCGUGCGCGUCGGCUGCGCUCGCUCGCGACGCAGCCCACCCAGAGUGCCGCCUGCCCCGCCGGAGCAGGAACUGGCCGGGCCAGACGUCUGGUCCGGCAGCGGCGCCGUGGCUGGCAGCGGAGGGCCGGCGGGACGGCGACCUGCCGGUCCCGCCGACUCGUCUCCGGUCACCGGGCCGUCCCGCGUCCUGAUUCCGUCCACAGUAGCUGCAGGGCGCGGCCGGCGCGGCGCGCGCUCGUCGGCCGACCACAGACGUUUGUGAUAUGGGGAGGCGCGGCCGGUGUGAGACGCCGCACGCAGUCAGCCGGCCGCGGGCGGCAUCGACCGCGACGCAAAGGUCAGACGUGCGGCGCGAGACCGGCCGGCCAGCAUCGAUCGGCGCGCCGGCAUCAGACACAUUACCGAUGGACGCCGAGCGUUGCCUUAAAACUUGAUAUCUUCGGCUGGUAGGUAUCUGCAAGGCCCGUAUGUGGAUAGUGUUUGUAAUUGCCAGCCGAGUGGUCCGCGUGCUUCGCUGGGACGGCGAUGACAGCGCGGCCAUGUAAUAUUAAAUUGUAGGUACGUUCCCUUUGUACCUUACGGAAACCCAACAUAUCAGUCGUCUCCCUCCGAGGUAGCUAGACGGGUGCAGACCUUGAUGGAAGCCGUGUGCGCUUGCGUUGCGUCUGCGGGUGGAUUUCGAAUCUCAUGCGGAAAUCUCGGCGGAUGUGCGCGCUCGCGAGGUGCUCCGUUUGGGGCAACACGCAGCGAUAAUGAGCGAUGCGCGCUACGCUCCGAGGCUUUUGAUAGUCCUGCUCAUUGAUCAACACUGAAUAGAGGCCUUCACUUGGGAAAUUCAUGCAUAUCAACCUGCCUGUCCCAUCGAUGCAAGGACGUGCUGCGAGCGAUCUUGUGUGUCUGUGUGUGCUUGUGUGUCUGCUUGCUUGUGUGUGCGUGUGUGCGUUGUGCACACGCCUUCGGGAGUAUGUGAAGCAUUCCAAACCUUUCAUUUGGCGCUGGUUUGCAAUUCAACGCUGCUUGCAGUAAGCUUUGAGCAUUCCAACCUUUCAAAAGGCGAUACCUUCAUGUACAUUACCUAGUAGACUAGUGCGGAGUUCAUCGCAAGUGCAUCGCAAGUAAGGAUCCUCCUGUUAAACCAGUUAACUAGAGGCUCGCGCGCACCGCUGAGUUUGCCAUGUAAAUAGGUAGUGGGUGUCGACUUGAAGUAAGACGUUAUUAUUCUGAGUGAGAGGUCUCAGAAGGCUGCAUCCCAAAGAGUUUAAGUUGAUAGUCACUGGGCGCUACACAUCUGUAAUGCGACGAGUGCGAGUACUUCACUUGUUGAGACACGGCAAUGACACGCUGUUAUGGUGCACCGCAUCCAUUUUAUUUGCUUUCGUAGGUGAAGUAGCAGAUGAUAUUAUCAAUAUCCCGAAGUAGCAGCCCAUAUAUGACCCGGCGUGUUCCAAACAUUUGACGCCUGUGCCCCACCCCGCCCCUGUGACUGCCAACAGCCACAGUCGUCCCAGCAGUAUGACUCUGGUGGCUCCGCAGGCUCUGGAGGUGGCCGCCAGAGUAGGCGUUCCAGCUCGGAGUGUGUUCUACACUCGCUACCUCCCGUGAAACAGCACUGAUGCCUCGAGCACUAGCGAACUAUUCUCGAACCAAUUUUAAUAUUUUCUUUUGAUUCGUUAAAAAACAUAUUUUCAUGCCUUUGGGUCUUGCAUACUUGAUGUCCCGAUCCUGCAAACAUGCGCUAAGUGAUCAAGACAUGUCUUUAAUUGCGUCACGGUGUUGAGACCAGCUGCGUUGUGAUUAGAUCGAUAUAAGUUACGCUUCGAUAUCACAAAUAUUCCAUUUGUUUCUCUCCACGUGAAAACGUAAUUUGACAUGUCAUAGUACCUUAGCCUAGUCAAUGAUUGUCGGCAUGUUUGACCUAGUUUUGUAAUAGGGUUCAAGAUGGUGUGAAAGGCGGCUAAAUACACAUUGUUGUACCAACA